GAAGGUUGAAUGUUUUUCAUGGCUGACGGUCCUGAACGCAGUGAUGGUGAUGACAGGUUGUGGUGAACGUCACAUGAACUUUGGUUUGUUAUGCCUCUGCACUGUUUGAUCUCAAUCUGAAGAUCUAGGAGGAACCAGAAUGAACUGAGUGCUCACCGUCCCUGCAGCCCAUAAUGACUCAGGAAGGAUGGAUCAGGGCGCUAAGUGGCAAACAGGUGCUGUGGUUUAUUUUUGCCUCCCUUCCACUCCUGCCUUUACCAAGCGAGGGCUUCCUCCCCAACUUUUGGUCCCGAGUGUUGACCCUUUCCUGGGAUUCACACACACAUCAGUACAUGACGGAGCAGGCUAUCCUGACGGUGACUCUGGAGGUUCUGAGGGAUGCCACAGACCAGCACAGAGCUCUUGCAGAGGAUGAGGUCAGACUCGGCCGUGCCUUCUGGAGAGCCGUCGGGGAGGUCGUAAGCUCCAAUGCAGACACAGACUUCACAACGUCCACCCAGUCCAAUCCGGUUUACCACUUUGACUCGGAGCGCAUCAAAGACAGCAUAGCGAUGCUACGACAGUUAUGGACGCAGACCGUCCUGUCAGUGCGAGCAAAGGAAUACCAAAGCGCCCGUUACAGCUUGGGUCAGCUAUUCCAUUCCCUCCAGGAUUUUUACAGUCACAGUAAUUGGGUGGAGAUGGGUCAAAAAUCCAUCUAUCUCCACCUGAUGCAGCCAGAGGAAGCUGCCAUACCUGUCGCCCCAGAAGACAAACCUACCUGCUCGGACUGUUUCACCGCCACGUGCCGAAACAACCUCCUCCCAGCUGUGACACACACUCAGCUUCUCACCUCUGGAUAUCCGAGCAGCUCCAUCUCUAAACCUCAUGGCAAAUGCAGUCAUGGAGGAAUCCUGGACAAGAACACAGCCCUGAGAGCCAAAGGGGGGAUUAAUAAGGACAGCACCUCACCAGUUUUCUCCCCUCAUCAUUAUCUUCACAAAGAAGCUGCUGCUUUAGCUACUGAAGCCACUCAGACUGUUCUGAGAGACCUCAAGGACACUGUGGGAGAUGAAGCCCUCCUUCGGCUCUUCAGCGUGAAGCAGAAGCCUGCAUUGGUGUUUGUCCUGGACACCACCGGCAGCAUGUUUGAGGAGAUCACUGCCGCCCGUCUCAGAGCUCACUCCAUCAUCCAGAGUCGAACCAGCAGCCUCCAGCAGACCAGUACAUUUGUGCUCGUGCCCUUUCAUGACCCAGAUGUGGGACCGGUAUAUGAAGAAGAAGACCCAAAUACUUUCAUGCAGCACUUGGAGAACCUGAUAGCUCUGGGAGGAGGAGAUGAACCUGAAAUGUGCCUUUCAGCCAUUCUGCUGGCGCUGACCCACAGUCCUCCUCUGUCAGACAUCUUUGUGUUCACCGACGCCUCCCCCAAAGACGCUCAUUUGUUUGAUGCAGUGAAGGCUCUCGCCCUGAAGAAACAGAGCAAGAUUACAUUUCUCCUUACUGAAGAUCCAUACUACACACCAGGAAGAAAGAGGAGGAAGAGGAGGAGUAAGGAGCCUCUUCCUCCCGAUCGUUUUUCCCUGUACUCCUCCCUGUCCUCCCUCUCAGGAGGUCUGACCAUAUUCACCACCGACUUAGACAUCCAAGAGGUUUCUGCCAUAGUGGAGGACAACACAGCUGCUGACAAGGUGACUCUCCUCCAUGUGGAAGGUGGUCCAGAGCUGAUCUCAGAUUACUCCUUCAGAGUGGACAGCUCAGUCAAAAAGGUCAUCUUGCACAUCACUGGCACUUUGGCUGAGUGUAUCCUCACCAGCCCAUCAGACCAAAGCCAGUCUCUGCUGAGUGGGAAAGGCCCUUUGGCGGAGCUGGAGCACUCUCAGGGUCUGUAUCGCAUCAGCCUGUUGCUGCCUGUACAGUCUGGUCAUUGGAAACUCCGAGUCGUGAGUGAAGGACACGUCACUUUUAAUGUGAUCGGUGACAGCACUGUGGAUUUCCUGUAUUACUUUGCUACUUUAGCCAAUGAGACGCAUCCAGGCCUUGCUAGAGUGGAGGGAAGUCCCAUAGCAGGUGCCCCCGCCUUUCUGGUGAUGUAUGUCACAAGCCGGGAUUCAGACACGGAGGUGUCGUUCAGCCAUGUUACGCUGCUGGGGGCUAAAGGAGAGCGCCUUCAGCAGGUGAAGCUGGACAUCUCCUCCUCUUCAUCGUUCCAGGCCUGGAGGGAAGUCGUGGGGUUGGUGGAGUCGGUGCCCACGGUUCCCUUCUGUGUUCAACUUUCAGGCCGAGACAGCACAGGAAACGAGGUGGAGAGGGUUUCCACGGAGAUGGUUCACCCCACCCACGUUAAGAUACAGGUGUCAGCAGUGCCCCCUCUUGUACCAGGUCACAUCAGCACCGUGGGCUUUGAAAUCCUGAACCACGGACCAGCUCGGCUCUUUACUUUGACAGCUGAUGAUGACUGUGACUAUCUUCAGAUGAAAGGAGCUCAAAGGUUUCCUGUUGCGGAACAGGGAUUGUAUCGCAGCGAGGUCAACCUCCUCACUCCAGCCACAGCUCGAGCAGGAGCGACUGUCACGCUCACUCUCACCGUGCACGAUCUGGACUCACCUGACUCUAACUACGCUGUGGUCUACCUGACUGUUAUCCCUCCUCACCUCGACACGUCUCCCCCGUCUUGCUCCGUUGCCCGAGUCCAGUCGGACUGCCCUUCUGUCUGCACCCAGUCCAGCUGGAGUGUGUCCCUGGUGGUGUCAGAUAAUGGUCGCUCCGGCCUUGCUGCCCUGCAGCUGCAGAAGGGGGAAGGCAUUUUAACUUUGUUUCACAAUGCCCCGUUUCUGGAGGACGUCCUAGACGAGUCCGGCAACAUGAAGAAACAAACACACAAGGACAAAAAGACCAGCGAGGACCACCACCACCAUCAUCAUCAUCAUCACAGUGACCACAAAACCAGAUUAAAGACCGGUGACCCACCGUUGAACAUUUCUGCGUGGGCACACACGGCGUCUCAGCCGCUGUGGGUGGACUACACAUCCAGCUGCUGCUCGGCUCAGGCGGAGGUUCUGGUGUGGGACAGAGCCGGAAACACGAAGCGCUGUCGUCUGACGUCUGUGGAGCAAAGGAGCUCAGACAGGAGCUCAGACACCAGCGGAACUGCAGCAGCAGAGUUUACAAACAUCGUUGUUUCCAGCCUCCUGUGGUUUCUGUUGGUCUGAAUCAGGUUUCAGUGCCUUGAUGUCAUGACUGCUGCAGUUACUUAUUUAAUCAGAAAACGUCCUGUUUUAGGGGAAAUGGAUGAAGUGAAAAUAGACUCACCCCCACGUCUGCAUGCGUAAUUUGGAUUUGUGCGUAAUUCUUGAUUUGUAUGUAAUCCUUGAAUUGUGUGUGAUGCUUGAUUUGUCAGUUGCUUUGGAUUUGUGUGUGCAUAGUUCUGAUUUGUGCAAAGCGCUUGGAUUGUGCUUAACUCUUGAUUUGUGCGUAACUUUGGAUUUGUGUGUAAUUCUAAUUUGUGGGUAGCUUUGGAUUUGUGCGUAUUUCUUGAUUUGUGCGUAACACUUGAAUUGUGAGUAAUGCUUAAUUUGUGCAUUGAUUUGGAUUUGUGUGUAGGUUUGGAUUUUUUGUGUGUAAUUAU